UAGAAUAUUCUUUUCAAUCUUUUCAUUUCUUUUUACUUGAAUCACCAUGGAAAACGACAGUGGUGUAGAUCAACCGCUGUUGAUGGGAUCGGCGAUCAACAAAGAAGCCGUCGCCGCAGAUAAGGAUACUUCGGCAAAUGAAGGAAUCAGCGAAAAUAGUGUUAUAUACAAGGUCUACCCAGCUCGAUGGCUCGUUCUAGCUGUUUGUUGCUUUCUUGCUCUUUCAAACGCAAUGCAAUGGAUAAGCUUCAGCUCUCUAUCCGACGAAGUUCAGAUAUAUUAUAGAGGACGUCCAGCCAACGGGAGCAUUGAUGUAUCACUUGUCACGAAUCAAAUUUUCCAGUUUGUCGCCGUGUUCACUGGAUUUGGUGGAAUGUACAUAACUGAUAACAAAGGAAUAAAAACGGCUGGUCUUCUUGGUACAACUUUAAAUGUAAUUGGAGCAUCGAUUCGGAUGAUUGCCUCGAUUCCUUUCAUAAAAUCACAUUUUGUUCGUGAAUGUCUUCUUCAUGCAGGAUCGUUUAUCGCUGCUUCAGCACAAGCAUUCUUUUUAGUUCUUCCAUCAAAAAUUGCUGAAUGCUGGUUCCCUGGUGAUCAGAGAGCAAUUGCAAAUGUACUUUCUUUUGUUGCAAAUCCUGCCGGUGUUGCCCUCGGAACAAUUGUGCCAUCCAUUCUUUUUGGUCACAAUAAGACUAUUGAUUCGAAUAGUUGGAUGUUCUUCACAUUUACUCUUGGAAUGGAAUGUCUAGCCUUGUUCCCAUUUGUUCUAGCACUAUUCGUUCGAACUAAACUGCCACCCACUCCACCAUCAGCUUCUUCUGCUGCUCAUCAGAACAACAUUGGUUUCUUUAAAUCUAUUCUUCAAUGUAUUUUUAAUGCUCAAUUUUUCAUCCAAAUGACUCUCUUUGCAUUUGCGUUUUCGCUUCUGUGGAGUCUAAUGAUUUUCCUCGAUGGUCCACUCAAAGAUCAAGGUUAUGAGAUGGCUGGAUAUCCAACUGCCGUGUGUGCAAUCGUUGGCACGUUAACAUCACUGCUCGCUGGUCAUAUUGCCGACAAAACACGCAAGUUCAAGGAAAUAAUCAGAGUUUGUACUGUUGGAUUUUCAUGUUCAGUCAUUACAUUGAGAAUGUUCCUAAAUCAACCACGGACUGGGCUCUUUGAUAGCAUAAUCGUUUACACUCUUUGUGGAUGUCUCGGUGCCUUUUCAAUACCUCAAUUCCCGAUUGGAGUGGAACUUGGUGUUGAGACGACAUUCCCAGUAAUGGAAGCAACGUCAUCAGGUGUUCUUGUUAUAUUCGGAUCGCUUUUCAUGUUCAUUAUUCCAUUUGCACAAAAUUACACAGAAAAGUUGCACUUGUUCUAUGCACAAUCUUGGAAAUUUGCUCUCGAUGUAACAUGUGGGCUCUCAAUUGUAUCUGUCAUCUUAUCACUGUUCUUUUUGAGACCACGAUAUCGUCGUCUAGAACUGGAAAAUGCCAAAUUGGCAUUAGAAAAUGAGGAACCUGUUACAGCUCGAACGGCUGCGUCGGAUAUCGAAAUGCGAUAGUAGCAAGCAUUUACUUUGCAUUUUAUAGCAUUUUGUACUUAAGAAGUUAGAGGAAUUGUAUUUUCUCACUUAAAAAAUCAUAUGUACCAUAGUCUCAAUUUGAAAUUAUUUUGCCCAACAAACAUGUUUAUAUUAUGUUUCUAGACUUCACCAGUUCAUUUGCACCCAGUUUCAACUAGUCCCAAUCUUUUUUCACCAUUGUCUCAUAUCGCAUUUCCUGUUUCUCAUGACUUUAUUUUUUUCAGCAAAUUCAUUUUUUUAUUAUUUACAUCAUUGAUAAAUAAAAGCAGUUCAUUA